CGAGCCACCGCGCGCCGCUCUGGCGAUGGAGAUGGAGAUGAUGGAGGGAGACGUUAUGGACAAACUGGAGGACAUGUCUUCGGUGUACGACUUCGACCCGAUCACCGGAAACAUCCCCGCCACCAAAGUAGAAAUCACCGUCUCCUGCAGAAAUCUGCUGGAUAAAGACACAUUCUCCAAGUCAGAUCCAUUAUGCGUGCUCUAUACGCAAGGUGUUGAAACCAAACAGUGGAGAGAGUUUGGCAGAACGGAGGUGAUAGACAACACCCUAAACCCAGACUUUGUUCGAAAGUACAUCUUGGACUACUUUUUUGAGGAGAAGCAGAACCUUCGCUUUGACUUGUAUGAUGUCGACUCCAAAAGCCCAGACCUGUCCAAGCACCCCGCAGAACUCAACGACUUUCUGGGUCAGAUGUUCUGUACUCUUGGGGAGAUUGUUGGAUCACCAGCCAGUCGACUGGAGAAACCACUCGGAGGGAUCCAAGGGAAGAAAUGUGGCACUGUCAUCCUGUCCGCAGAGGAGCUGAGCAAUUGUCGAGACAGCGCCACUAUGCAGUUCUGUGCCAACAAGCUGGACAAGAAGGACUUCUUUGGCAAGUCGGACCCUUUCAUGGUCUUCUACAGGAGCAACGAGGACGGAACGUUUACUAUCUGCCAUAAAACAGAGGUGGUGAAGAACACAUUGAAUCCAGUGUGGCAGCCUUUCACUAUCCCAGUGCGAGCGCUCUGCAAUGGAGACUACGACAGAACAAUCAAGGUGGAGGUGUACGAUUGGGACAGAGAUGGCAGCCAUGACUUCAUUGGGGAUUUUACGACCAGCUACCGAGAGCUAGCUCGAGGGCAGAGCCAGUUCAAUGUGUACGAGGUGAUUAAUACAAAGAAGAAAAUGAAGAAAAAGAAAUAUGUCAACUCUGGGACAGUGACCCUGCUCUCGUUCUCAGUGGAGUCAGAGUUCACGUUCCUAGAUUACAUCAAAGGAGGGACGCAGAUCAAUUUCACUGUGGCCAUCGAUUUCACAGCAUCUAAUGGUAACCCGUCCCAGUCCACUUCACUGCACUACAUGAACCCCUACCAGCUGAACGCCUACGCCAUGGCCCUGAAGGCUGUUGGGGAGAUUAUUCAGGACUACGACAGUGACAAGAUGUUCCCCGCCCUGGGCUUUGGAGCCAAACUGCCCCCUGAUGGACGGGUUUCACAUGAGUUUCCACUGAAUGGAGACAUGGAAAAUCCGUACUGCAACGGUAUCGAGGGCAUCUUAGAGGCAUACCACCAGAGUCUGAAGACAGUGCAGCUGUACGGGCCGACUAACUUUGCUCCUGUGGUGAAUCAUGUUGCCAGGUAUUCUGCUGCCGUGCAGGACGGCUCUCAGUACUUUGUGCUCCUCAUCAUCACGGACGGCGUCAUUUCCGACAUGGCCCAGACCAAAGAGGCCAUUGUGAAUGGUGCCAAGCUUCCCAUGUCCAUCAUCAUAGUUGGAGUGGGUCAAGCUGAGUUUGACGCUAUGGUGGAGCUGGAUGGUGAUGACAUCAGGAUCUCGUCCCGGGGGAAACUGGCAGAGAGAGACAUUGUUCAGUUUGUUCCCUUCAGAGAUUAUAUGGACCGGACAGGCAACCACGUGUUAAGCAUGGCUCGGCUCGCUAAAGACGUGCUGGCAGAGAUCCCAGACCAGUUCAUCUCUUACAUGAAGAGCCGGGGGAUCAAACCCAACCCGGCGCCGCCUCCCUACACACCGCCCGGACACACACACCACCACACACAGAUCUGACACCCUCCUCUUGGCUUCUCACAGAGGACUGACAGCAUUCAGCGGCCACUCAGAGUCCAGCGGGAACUCUCUACCUUCUGUUUCUCUGGUGCAAACAGGAGCUGACGCACCGGGAAAUGGGUGUUGAAUUUUGUGCCGUAUCCUCCCAGUGACUGUUGGAGCAGCAUUGUUUUUCUGUGAUAUAUUAAUUUGGAUGAUUUCUCUUAAAGAGAGGCUCAAACUUUCCAGGACUCGUAGGUGAAAGUCUUUUAAUCUGACACCGAGGCAGUGACUGUUUCACGUCUAAUUUGACAGCAGGUUGGUUCAAAAAGGUCAUGUUGUGGUUAAAACUUGUGCCUGUCUGUGGUUGUUUCUCUAAUUGUAUCAGGACAUGUGAACUUUGACCUUGCUCGUCAGUCAUUGGUGUGGCCUAAUGCAGUGAUAUUUUUUAGGCACCUUUUCCCUUCUGGAAUUAGUUUUUAUAUUUGGGGAUUAUCUCCGUAUCUGCUAAUGCAUCGGUUAUGAUGGAGGAAAACUAGUUUACAGUUUAUUACAUUACAAACAUUAAUCAGGCUUUUCAUACUAUGAGGUGUCACCUCUUCUCUUCUUUAGUAGGUAAAUGUUUAUAAGAGCAUGUUGUAUGAGAAGUUAAUUCCCCAUAUCCCAGUAUAUUUAUUCCUCCAAUGUUAUUCAGAGUGGCAUGGACAUUUGAUAGAUCUGUUUUGAAGUGGUCACUAAUUAUUUUCAAGUGAUUGCAUUUAAAAAGCACAACCUGUCUCUAUACCAAGGACAACAUUACGAUGAUGCUACCAGGUUAAUCAUAUUUAAUCAUUUUGAGUGCUGCCAUUCAUAGUUUCUGAGGAAAGUACCCGAUUUGUUCAUGCAAGUCAGAUAUCACUGCAACUGCAAUUCAACAUAAUCUAUUGAAAAUAUGACUCAGGCUAUUCAUUCAGUAAGAAUGAAUUACCAUCACAAAGGACGAUGUUGCACAAGAGGAACAUUAACCAAUUAAUCAUAACCUCCAUUUCUUUUUGUUUUCAUAAUCCACAAUAACAACCUGGUCUCACUCCCAACUCGUCAAGUACCGCUGCUUGGUAUGUGCCCCUCGGCAUCGGAUACUGAUGCACAGAGGAGCCCCACUGUAGGCGGCACACCGGGCUUUCAGCUAGCUCCAAAGUAAACCCAUCUGCAGCAAUAUCCGAUGGUCAGAGUAAAUGACGUAGUAUUAAUUAGAGUGCGGGUCCGUUAAGGGUGGGCGGGAGGGUCAAACAAGCAAGACUUUUAACCAGAAGAGGAACUAAAAGUAAACGUUUAGCCUACUCAUUUUGUCACGUCAGUCGUCAGUGCUGUGAGUCGCAAGUUACUUGAGUCAUUAGUCAGUGAAAUUAACGUCAACCACGACCGUUUCCUAACCCUAACUUGUUGUUGUAGUGUUGCCCAAACCUAACUUCCUGUGAAAACGGCUUAUUUACGUUUAUUUUGAAAGGACAUUAUGCAUGUAACGAGCGUAUA